AGGGGCGGCGAAAUAGCGAGGUGCGGGCCGCUGUUUCAGGCUCCUCGCCAGACUUCAGAGUUGCGGGGCUGCUUGGUCACUUCGAGCGCGGGACCUGGCAAGGCCUUGUUCCCCUCGCGGUGCAGAGGUGCGCGCGGACAGCCGUCCGCCCCCUCCGCGAGGUGGGCGGAUGGUACGGUCCGGCCGAGUCACGCGGCUUGGGCUCGGUUCCCGGGCUGCUGCGGCACCGGGCGCGGGGCGGCGGCGGCUUCCCCGCGCGGGUGGGGUAGGGGCCAGUGAGCAGGCCGGCGUCUUGGCGCUGCUGGGCGCCGGGACAGCGACUGGAAGAAGCGUGCGGGGCGGGCCGCGCGAAGCUGACACGCUGUCGGGUGCGCGUGGCCGUGAGUGCCGGCCCGGCUGGGGCCUUCCCCGCUGGUCGGAGUUGAGUGCGGCCGGCGCGCCCGGGGGUCGGUGCGGAACGGAGGCCCAGAGCGGCGACGUGCUUGUCUAGCCAGUCCGAGGUGGGCCGAGGACUCGAGCCGGGGCUGUCGGGCCGCUGCCUGGAGGGGGAACACCAGGUCUCAGAGCUGAAGUGUGACUGCUGCCACCCUGCCAACUCAUUUGGAAACGGCCUUGUGUGCUCUUGUCUAGGUGGACAGUGGAUGCGAGAUUCUGCUGAGUGCCUCGUGCUGUCUCCCAAGGACCAUGAAUGCCAUCGUUGCUCUCUGUCACUUCUGCGAGCUCCAUGGCCCCCGCACUCUCUUCUGCACAGAAGUUCUGCAUGCCCCACUUCCGCAAGGCGCUGGGACUGGGGACAGCCCUGGCCAGGGCGAACAGGCCGAGGAGGAGGAAGGUGGCAUUCAGAUGAGCAGUCGGAUACAUGCUCACAGCCCAGCAGAAGGGGCCAGUGCAGAAUCCAGCAGCCCAGGGCCCAAAAAGUCAGACAUGUGUGAGGGCUGCCGAUCACUUGCUGCAGGGCACCCGGGGUAUAUCAGCCAUGAUACAGAGACUGCGAUUAAGUACGUCAGUCACCAGCACCCCAACCACCCCCAGCUCUUCAGCAUUGUCCGCCAGGCCUGUGUGCGGAGCCUGAGCUGUGAGGUCUGCCCCGGCCGGGAAGGCCCCAUCUUCUUUGGGGAUGAGCAGCAUGGCUUUGUGUUCAGCCACACCUUUUUCAUCAAAGAUAGCCUGGCCAGGGGCUUCCAGCGCUGGUACAGCAUCAUUGCCAUCAUGAUGGACCGCAUUUACCUCAUCAACUCCUGGCCCUUCCUGCUGGGCAAGAUCCGAGGGAUCAUUGAUGAACUCCAGGGCAAGGCACUUAAGGUGUUUGAAGCAGAGCAGUUUGGGUGCCCUCAGCGUGCCCAGAGGAUGAGCACGGCUUUCACACCCUUCCUGCACCAGAGGAAUGGCAACGCGGCCCGCUCGCUGACAUCCCUGACAAGAGAUGACAACCUGUGGGCAUGCCUGCACACCUCCUUUGCUUGGCUCCUGAAAGCCUGUGGCAGCCGGCUGACUGAGAAGCUCCUGGAGGGCGCGCCCACCGAGGACACCUUGGUCCAGAUGGAGAAGCUCGCAGACCUAGAAGAGGAAUCUGAAAGCUGGGACAACUCUAAGGCUGAAGAGGAGGAGAAAGCCCCUGUCCCGCCAGAGGGUGCGGAAGGGUGGGAGCUGGCCAAAUGCCCAACAGAUUCUUCCUUGCUGGCAGACUGUGGAAACUGGCAGCCCCGAAAGCUGUCCAUCUUCAGGUCCCUUCGGCACAUGAGGCAGGUCCUAGGCGCUCUGUCGUUUCGCACGUUGGCCUGGCAUGUUCUCAUGGGGAACCAGGAUCGUGUUUGCCUAGUGGGUUUUCUAAGAAAUUUUGACCUGUGCGAACAGAAGGAGACCAUGCUGCCGGUGGGCUGUGUGCGCAUCAUCCCUUACAGCUGCCAGUAUGAGGAGGCCUACCGGUGCAACUUCCUGGGGCUCAGCCCGCACGUGCAGAUCCCCCCGCACGUGCUCUCCUCAGAAUUUGCUGUCGUUGUGGAGGUCCACCCAGCCGCCCGCUCCAGCCUCCACCCAAUCGGGUGCGAGGGUGACCAGUCUCUCAGGAAGUAUGAGUUUGUGGUGACCAGUGGGAGUCCUGUAGCUGCAGACCGAGUCGGCCCAACCAUCCUGAAUAAGAUGGAAGCAGCUUUGACCAACCAGAAUCUGUCUGUGGAUGUGGUUGACCAGUGCCUCAUCUGCCUCAAGGAAGAGUGGAUGAACAAAGUGAAGGUCCUUUUUAAAUUCACCAAGGUGGACAGUCGGCCCAAAGAGGACACACAGAAGCUCCUGAGCAUCCUUGGGGCAUCCGAGGAGGACAAUGUCAAGCUGCUUAAGUUCUGGAUGACAGGCCUGAGCAAAACCUACAAGUCACACCUCAUGUCCACAGUCCGCAGCCCCACGGCCUCAGAGCCUCGUAACUGACGCCUGCGGGGCUCCAUCCCAGGAUGUGCCUUCUGGGAAGCCGUGAUGGCUGUACUUGCCACCAGGCGCAGAGAUGGGCCUCUGGUUGCACAGAUUCUCCUGUUUCUGAGGAGCUGGCAUAGAGCUCUUCCCUGGCAAGUGAUGGAAGCUGGGCAGAAUCUUGCCCUCUGUGGGAUUUGGGACUGGUGUAGUUUCUGGCAUCACCAACCCACAGGCUCUUUGAGUUGCUCCAGCCUUGAACAGGGCAGUGGGAGACUUGUGGCGAUGGGUCCCUGCAGAAGACUCAGAAAUGUGCAUCUCAUGCCUCUCAAGGACUUGGACCUCAAAAUUUAUAGGGAAAACACAUCAGGGCAGACCCAGCAUUUAUCCACAAUAACAACACAUCUUCUCUCAAGGUUAAUGAUCAGACCUUUUCUGUUCUGAAAUGCAGCAAGAGUUGUCUGGGUUUUGAAUGCAUGCCUGUAUAUUUUGCCACAGUUGUGAAUUUUUUAGGACAUGCUUAGUCCUCUUUAGUAAUCUGGUUUUGUGUGCAUGCUCUGGGAAGGACUUUUGGGAAUGGAGUGGAUAUUUUCCUCUUUGGAUCCUCUGGGAUUCACGUUCUGAAUCAUGACUGCCAAGGCUCUGGCCAUGCUCUCCUGUGGUGGCUUUAUAAUUACGCUUAGUUGAGGACAAGGCCUUGCUGGAUUUCACACAAAGGCGAUACUUUGCUGAAAUGUCAAAUGGAGCCAUUUGACUUGCCUAACUCACUGUAUAUGGAGAAGAGAAACCCGCUAGUUAAUUCUGUGCCACUGUAAACAUUUGCAUUUGGCUGCAGUUAACUGUUUUCAGAGUACGGUGGUGUAAGAGUCUCAUCAUCCUAGUGUACAUUUUUAAUAAGGAUCCAUGGCUCGAAGGGAUUUUCCAGCAGUUUUGUUGAUUUGUUUAUAGUUAUUUGUGUUUAAUUUAAAUUUAACAUAAAGACUACGUUUAUAUGACUAGGUGUCUAUCAUGUUAGAACAUUAAAACACAAUAAAGAUGUAUUUUUAUAAA